AUGAAAAGCGGCAUGAUGAGAUCGAAUCUGCUUUUGUUUAUAUUUCCGAUUGUCCUUGCAUUUGUCUUUCUGUCUUCGACUGUGCUCUCUGCUUCGGAUCUGAUCCUCGCCAAGGUUGACCGUCGUAUUGAUCUGACAUCACAAAUUGUGCGCAUCACUGCUUCACUAAAGGUGGAGAAUGCGGGAUCUGAUGUUGUCUCUGAGAUUUUGCUGUCCUUUCCUGAAAACCAGGCAAAGCACUUGGCAUACUUGAAAGCAACACUUAGCGAAGGGAAGGGUAAAGUAAAAACAUCUUCUGGUGUUGGUUUGCCCAUUGAAGCUAUCCACCCUAAAGAUGUACCUCCUGCCUUGACAAUUUAUUCCGUAUCUUUACCAAAGGGGCUUGGGAAGGGACGUAGUUUGACGUUAGAUGUCUUGGCCGUUUAUACCCACAUAUUGCAACCAUUUCCAGAGAAAAUCAACCAGGCUGACAUCCAACUUCUACUAUUUCAAGAGAGUGCACAGUAUCUCUCUCCAUAUGCUGUCAAGGCCCAAUCACUCACUGUUAAGUUGCCUGAUGCCAGAAUAGAGUCGUAUUCUAAACUAGAAAAUGCUAAACUUCAGGGAUCUGAAUUAAAAUAUGGUCCAUAUGAGAAUCUUCCUCCAUUCUCAUUCUUACCAAUAGUUAUUCACUUUGAGAAUAACCAACCCUUUGCUGUUGCUAAAGAGUUGGUGCGAGAGAUUGAAAUUUCUCACUGGGGCAAUGUACAGGUCACAGAGCAUUAUGAUAUUAUUCAUGCUGGUGCUCAGAGCAAAGGAGAAUUUUCUAGGCUUGACUAUCAGACCAAGCCAUAUUUAAGGGGUGCAUCAGCCUUUAGGCAUCUUGUUGCCAAGCUGCCACCAAGAGCUCAUUCUGUGUACUACAGGGAUGAAAUUGGCAACAUUUCCACUUCCAGUUUAUGGGGUGACUCAAAAAAGACAGAACUGGAGAUUGAACCUAGGUACCCUAUGUUUGGUGGCUGGAAAAUUGCCUUUACUAUUGGAUAUGGCUUGCCACUUCAGGACUUCUUAUUUGGAUUGGAUGGAAAGCGCUUCCUUAAUAUCACUUUUGGUGCCCCUAUUAAUGAGUUGGUGAUUGACAAUCUUUUUGUGAAGGUUGUUUUGCCAGAGGGUUCUAAAGACAUUUCAGUAUCUGUUCCAUUUCCUGUGAAAGAAUGGCAGGAGACGAAGAUUUCCCACUUGGAUAUUGUCGGUAGACCUGUUGUUGUUCUGGAGAAGAACAAUGUUGUCCCUGAGCAUAAUGAGCAUUUUCAGGUCUAUUAUAAGUUCAACAGUCUUUCUAUGCUCAGGGAGCCUUUGAUGUUGAUUUCUGGGUUUUUCUUUCUGUUUGUUGCUUGCAUUGUCUACUCACAUGCAGAUAUAUCAAUCUCCAAAUCUUCUGCAUCUUAUAUGGCAAAACUCCAGUGGGACGAGGUGCAAGCAACUAUUCAGCAAGUCCAUGGUAUCAUUAAUCGUUGCUUGACAGCACAUGACAAGCUAGAAACAUCAUUGCACGAACUUUCUAGGACAGGAGAUGUUCAAGCCUGUAAAGCAACUCGAAAAUCGGUAGAUAGCUCAUUGAAGGAGCUCUCUAAAGAGUUGAAGCAACCAUUAGCAUUUUUGCAAUCUUCUCCACAAGCUGCUCAAAUAUUACCAAAGGUGGAGGAACUUGUUACUAAGGAGAGAGAAUUGCAGGAGAAACUUAUAUUGAAACACACUACAGCUGUAGAAGGCUAUGAGAAGAAGUUGGGAGGAAGGGAAAUUGAGAAUCGGAUUGCUUCAUAUCAGCAGAAGAUUACUGCUUUGAGACGGGAGAUUGACGAUCUUAUGGACUUGAUUGAUGAGAUAUGA